UAUGUGUGCCUUUGUGUGCGAUUUCGUAGAUCAUCGUAGAUCGAGUAAAUUAAGAAAUCGCUUAAAGUCAUUAUAGACUAAUUUGGCAUGCAUGUAUGUAGAUAAAUACAAUGUCUUGAAUCGAUGUACUGAAAGCCCGUUUCUCGGGUAAAGCGUAAUUCCUGUUCUCUUCUAUCAAACGCAAUCUGAUUUGGAGCGAUUGCCAGCAGUGCAUCUCUACAUUUCGCGAUGUUGUCAGAAGUCGACGUAUUUAUUAGCAAUUACACUCUUGUCGAUCCUGAGAUCUAUCAGCUAUGGGUCGACGGUCAUACAUCGAGCGAUGCUGUCAGCAUCUUGCAUCAACGAGGAAUAUGUCAUCAAACGAAUGCUCCGAUCGAAUUAAUCGCUUCCGAUAUCCUGGAUCAUUAUCGAACUUAUGCUCUUUUGGAGAAGCUACUUCAUACCCCUACCAAAUUGGCGAGCGAACAGCUCGCGUUUCAGAUAGAACCUCAGACUAGUCAGAUGCUUAUCGAAAUGUAUUAUGAAUUCGAUGAUAUGGUCAUCAGAGAAUUAUUGGGUAAGAAACUAACGUCAAAAAGUAGGAAAGACAUGGAUGAAGUAGCAGAAAAAACAGGCAUUACUUUAAAGAGUUGUCGUAGACAGUAUGACAAUGUGAAGAGAGUAUUUAAAGCUGUGGAAGAUCUGCCAGGCUCGUUGGCUGCCAAUAUAGAGCAACAGUUUUUGCUUUCCGAAGACCUUGCCAAGCGAUAUGCGGCUGUGGUAUUCAUAGCGUGUCUUCGUUUCGAGAUGAACAAAAGAAAGCUUCAAUUUUUAACGUUUCCCGAUUUAUACCAUUGCGCCAACAGUAUGAUGUCUUCGUGGACUUACCGUUGCGUCGGAUUCGAAUAUUUCGAUACUGAUUUGGAUAGAGAAUUUUUAAUGGAACUAUCAGAAUGUAGAAUACUUCUGGAAAAUGACAAACACCACAAACAUUUAGUAUGCAUCAAACUGAAACCUAUGCUUCUGGAACGUUCGUAUCAGGAAGUGGACUGCAACUUCCGUUCGUAUUCCAGAGCAAUACUAGGAAUAGGCUGUAAUCUUCAUCGUUCCAGAGAUCUACGAUUCUUCUUCCUAGAAUUAGUAGAAAGAUGCAUAGAACCAUGGCGUCAAGUUAACUGGACGCACACCGAUCUCAGAAACUUUUUGUCAAUUUACACUCAAUGCGCGCUAGACAUGGAUGUCCUUAGGGAAGGGGAAUUAAGAGAUGCUUUCGAACGCUAUAUGACCGUCGUAACGUGCUGUUUAUUGCGGAUGUAUCACACAUGACUAUUGGUGAAAGAAGACGAAGGUGUGCAAAAAAUAAAUGCGAUUAGUAAUGAUGGAAAUUAAAUUUUAUGAAAAGAAAUAAAAUUCGACAAAUAGUACGUA